AAGAGUCAUAAUGAGUAAGGAUUUAAAAAAGGAAGGUACACUUAAGAUAGAAUCGCGAGGCAGUGUUUCUCCUAUAAAUAAACAUAUAUAGCCGGUGAACAAAGAAACACUUUCAUUCGUUCUCUCGUCUUCAGAAUUUUCUGUUGUGUUCUCAAGUCUCGGCGGUGUCAUGGCUUCAAGAGCGGAACAACCCAUCAAUGGUUUGUUUUAUUCUUGUCUUGCUGCCAAGAUGCUUGAAUUAUGUUUGGGAAUUACCGUGUCUAAGCUUCUCACAAGAAGUCAAGCACUCAAGUGGAGAAUGGCGUGGUGGUACAAAUGUUGGGAAUUUUGUUACCGCAACAAAGGUGGAAGCAGGUCAGAAUGUUAAAGAAGAACCUGAAGCGAUGGUCAUUAGCUCUGAUGAUGAACCUGAAGCAGUUAAGGGAUAAAACGUAAGGGAAAAGUCUGCUGGGAAAAAUGCAAAGGCAUUCAGUUCAGUCCUCUCUGCUCGAAGCAAGCGAACCAUAUGUAUUCAUGGCAUCAAGUUUUGACAGCUGGGAAAAAGAUCAUUUCUAUAACACAAUCUCCACAGGUCAUGCCAUUGGGGCAAAUCCUGCAAUUCCUAGAAUGUUUCCAAAUAUGUUUCCACUGGUUACAAGUCAGAGAAAGUUGGCAAACAGAAGGCUGAUUGCAGUCAUGAAAUUGUCUCUUGACAAGUCUGCCCAAGGAGAAAGAAUUUCUGGCACAAGCAAGAAUGAUCAUAUUUCUUCCUACAGGAAUGAUACAUUGGAAGACCACCCUAUUCUUGGAUAACAUCUCAUUGCAACUUGUCUCCUGACAUUGCUCCACACUGUCGAGAGAUCUUCAUGCUGAACAAAGUCUUGUGCACUCCUAUAGUAGUUAAUUGAAAAGUUGACUUGUAAACUAUAGAAUGAGAAACGAUAGCCUCCUAAAACCACUUGCAGACCAAUCUCAUGAGAAAUCUCAUCAAGCUCUGUAGUUCUCUUCUCCUUCUCGUAACUAAGUGGGGAUAGACCUGAUUUUCUCAUCAAGUUUGUUUAUUUUCCUUAAAGACCCUGCUUUUCAUCUAUUUUUAUUCAAGCGUGAAAGAUUUUUAGAGCUAAA